AUGGGUUGGUUUUGGGCAGACUCGCAGCCAAAGGUGCCUGUGGCACCGCACCCAACAGCUCCUGGGGCCGCUAUUCCCCCCGGAUGCCCAAUGCACGAGUCACAACAGUCGAAACCCUCACUGCCCGCCGCCGCGCCUGUGCCCGAGAAGACCGAAAUACCCAGCAGCUGUCCUAUGAAGAAAUCCGCCGAUUCCCCAUUCUAUUCCGCGCCCAACUCAUCCACCCCGGAAACUCCGCAAUCUGCACCUCCGGCGGCGCCGCAGAAAUCAACAUCCACUUUAUCCAAACUCAACCCGCUGAACUACAUGUUCGCCUCUAUCUCGCAAGAACGCGCUCCGAACCAGACCGUCGACUUGGGCGUUGAUCGUGAGGUCUCUUCCAUCCCGCGUGGUGACGCGGAGGGAAAUCGGAGUAUCCCUCCGCGCAGCAGAUGUCAUACCGAUACGCCCCAGGACGCGGUUGAGUCUAUGGUUGCUGUGCACAAUUUCCUGAACGAGGGCGCUUGGGAUGAGAUUAUUGGGUGGGAGCGUACGUUCGCUAAGGGUCUCGGGGCUGGAUGGGACCGGUGCCGUCGCGGCGAGGAGAACCUCGCUUUCAACCUUAUGAAGGAGGAUGCGUUGGGUCAGGUUGAUGAAUCUACUGAACCCCGUUUGAUUCGAUUCCAGGGUCGGCCGCAGGAAUUGAGUCCUAAGGCUCAGUUCUACCAGCUUCUGGGCCGGGUUUAUCCGUCAAUGUUUGAGACAAGCCCUCCUUUCGACCGUCAUGACUGGUUCGUGCAGCGUCGCACGCCAUCCGGUUCGAAGGAAGUUCGUUACGUGAUCGAUUACUACUCCGCACCCCCCGAGCCUAACGGCGAACCGGUCUUCUACCUUGACAUUCGUCCUGCACUGGACACCCCCACUGCUGCUGUUGAACGGCUCAUGAGAUGGGGCGGUGAUGUUUGGUGGAAGGCUAGUGGAGGUGUUGUGAGAGAACCCGGCCAUGCUCACCCUCAGGCAUGA